GGAGAAGAGGAAGCAGGAUGAAGGAAGGGACGAAUCGAGCUCCUUCGAUGCCAAGCGGUGUAGGUCUUGCCACUGCCAGAACGGGUUAGCUGUGGUUUCUCCUUGCUCCCUUUGCUGUUUUGCUCUGAUUUCUACUUUAAUUUCCUCUGUUUCCUUUACUCUAAGGGAGACGAGCAGGCCAAAUGACGGGAUGCCGCCUCGGGAGGGGUUUUCAGAUAUCGUCCGUGCGGUAAUCGAACUGAAAGACGUCAUACAGCUUCACCUGCGCAUGGAGGAAAACUUCAAAAGGAAAAUUCAAAAGCUUAAGGAAAAGAGGAAAAAAGACAAGAUCAAGCAUGAGGAAGAUCUCAGAGUACUCAAGGAAGACCUCAUCAGAAUAUUCAAGGAAGAUCACGAAGUGCUCAAAUCAAAAAUCCAAGAAAUGCAAAAAGAAGCGUGUACUGAAGUAAAUCAUUACAAGGCAUCUCCAUCUCAGAGAUCACAGCUAAGCCAAUCACCAAAGUUUCGACUAGCAAUUGAAAAUAGUGUGAGUAGAACAAUUUACAAAAAGGACACUGUCGAGACCGAGGAUGGUGGAGGUCACAUAAAAGUUGGCAUGUACGAUGGUGCCAAUCCAAUCCCAUCUGACCACCCUCUUGCUUCAGUAAGAGUUGACCUAGUUCUCGUUGAAGGAUCGUUUAAUGAACCUAAGCAAGAUUUUUGGUCUAAAGAGGAGUUCGAUGAAAGCAUAAUUAAACCGCGAAAAGGAAUCAAAAGGCUGGUGGAAAACAGUACAUUUAAUCUGAUUGAUGGGAGUUGUGAUCAUGAAGGUGUCAGUAUUAUGGAUAAUUCGCAACAAAGGGAAGUUAAACUUGGAGUUAGGCUUGCUGUGCAUACGGGAGUAAGAGUUCUUGAAGGUGUAUCAAAUCCUUUCAAAGUGCAGGAAGGCAAGACAAAAAGUCUAGGCCCAGUUAGUCUAUAUUUUUUAUUUCCGAAAAGAGUUAGUCCAGAUGAACAACAUGGUCUGCCACCACCUAUUAUUCAAGGUCCAUUUCAGAAAGCAGACCGUGUGCAGCAUACAGAAGAAGAGGAUAAUGGACCUAGUUAUCCACCAGUUACCAUGCCACCAAUGGUUGAGGCAAAUGGGCAAGCCCUAAACAUCAACAUUCAGCAAUCUUCUCAACAUAUUCCAACACCAAUCUUGUGGCAGUCAACGAGCACCCACUCAAUGCAACCUAGCAUGCCGAAUCCAUUGCAGGUAGCAGGAUACUGUCCACCUUUACCUCCCUGUGGACAAGACCAGUGCACUAGUUUACCUAAUGCAAUUCCUCAAGUCACAUUUCCGAACCUUUCAGGGUAUGGGUUGUUGGAUGGCCAGUGGAAUACCAACCCCGGAGGGGAGAUGAUUAUUGAACAUGAAAAUCGUUCGAAUGUCCAGCUACCGGUUGAAGAGUAUUAUUUAGAUGCAUCCUUUAGAUGUAAUCAAGUACUAAUUCAAUGGGAUGAGCCUCAUGUGGAGCUGAAGAAACACCGGACCUUUCUUGAUCAGCUCAUGCCACUAUAUAGCACACAAUCAAGGUUUAAUAGAGAAAGUUUACCCGGUAUGCGUGUCAUGGAUAAAGCCGAUAAGUUACUGGCGAGUAUUUCAUAUGGUGAUUCUGUUUGGAAGAUGGUUACCAGUAUUACGAGUCGAUCGACACAAACUCCUCAGAGGCGAGGUGUUCUCAUUCGGCUCAUUAAGCCAUAUGAUUCAGAUGAUGGGCCACCAGUUAAGAAGCAAAGGAAUGCCAGAUAUCAACUGCGAUUUGUCAAUAGGGUGUGCAAUGACUACUACACACGGGAACAGAUCAAAUCAGAGGAUGGAAAUCUUUUAAAGGUAGCUUUGUAUGAUGAGAACAAUCUAGUAGUCACAUCUGGUCCACUGUCCUCAGCUUCGGUGGAGAUCGUACUACUUCAUGGUGAUUUCAAUGACGAAGGUCGAGAUUAUUGGACAUCAGAGGAGUUCAGUGCCUGCCUAGUGCAUCCACAAUCUGUAGAAGAACCAACAGCCUUGGGAGGUGACCGUGUCUUGACACUGGCCGAGGGAGGGGCAGACCUUGGUAAUGUCAAUUUCCAUACUUCCUCCUCCCAUGCGAGGACUGGAAAAUUCAAGAUGGGUGUUAAGAUUACAAAUUUAAGAGAAGAGAGUGUUCAAGAAGGAAUCACUAGCCCAUUUCUUGUGAGAGUUCGCCAAGGGAAAGGCCUCAUGUUAACUGGACUUGCCAUGUCGGCGGUUUACCUCCUUGGUUUGAUUUCGUGUUUUUAUCCAGCCGUACAGCACCUGAUCCGCAAAGCACCGCACUUCAGUGUUGACUGCGUCCUCUGCGGCUGCCUUGUUUUCCUCGGCCACGACCUCUUCAUGUACAACGACGCAGCGUUCUGCAGCAUGGAGUGCCGGCAGCAGCACAUAACGCAUGACGAGCGGAAGAAAAAGUGCACGGCGAGGUCUAUGACCCACCGGUGCACGCGCCCAUGGGCACCAGACCCGGAUGGGUAG